AUGUCAACCAAUAUCAACCUAUGUCAACCCAAGUCAACUUAUGUCAACCAAUACCAACCUAUGUCAACCCAAGUCAACCAAUACCAACCUAUGUCAACUUACGUCAACCAAUACCAACCUAUGUCAAGUCAAGUCAACCAAUGCCAACCUAUGUCAACCCAUGUCAACCAAUACCAACCUAUGUCAACCCAAGUCAACUCAUGUCAACCAAUAUCAACCAAUACCAACUCAUGUCAACCCAAGUCAACUCACUUCAACCAAUACCAACCUAUGUCAAGUCAAGUCAACCAAUAUCAACCUAUAUCAACCCAUGUCAACCAAUACCAACCUAUGUCAACUCACGUCAACCAAUGCCAACCCAUGUCAGCCCACGUCAUGUGA